AUGACGGGGGCCAUGAGAACGACCCCGACACACGCAAUGGAGGUAAUGUUAGGUUUGAAGCCACUCUGGAUUGAGGUAGAGAAAAGAGCCACAGAACAGUGGUACAGAAUGAAAGCAUGUAAAGAAUGGAGAGGAAGCUGCGUGGACAAGAGACACGCGCUGAUACAAAGAGAGGCACUAUCAAGAUUUGAGAUGUUGAUGGCCAACAACGACCUUAUAAAAAGGCAGGAGAUAUUCGACAAGAAGUACAGGGUACAUAUAGGAGAGAGAGACAACUGGAAAGUGGAAGUCAGGCACCCAACGACAAUCUGCUUCACGGAUGGCUCGAGAAGAAGCUCAACGAAACUAGCAGGAGCGGGCAUCGUGAUCCCUAAACUGGGAGAAACAGUAUCAAUACCACUGGGUAGAUAUGCUAGCGUGUUCCAAGCUGAGGUAUGUGCAAUAGCGCACUGUGCACGUAUAAUCAAAGAGAGUGUGAAGCAAGAGGGCGCUGUUGUAAUAUAUACCGACAGCCAGGCAGCACUGAAGGCACUGAAGAAAAUAUCAGUAACCUCCGCUCUCGUGAGAGAAUGUAGAGAAGAGCUAAACUCGAUAGGCAAACAAAGAAGUGUCACGGUAGCAUGGGUGCCGGGGCACCAAGGAGUAACAGGUAACGAGAGAGCAGACGAGUUGGCGAGGAUAGGGGCGGAGACGGAAUACAUGGGUCCGGAACCGGCUCUGCCCAUGUCAGCGGAUGUCACGAAGGGAGUCAUAGAAAAGGUAAAAGAAAUGGAAGCACAGAGAGAAUGGGAAGAAGAGACUAGCUGCAGACAGUCUAAGAUGAUGGUCAAGGGCAUUGAUCACAAAAGAACCAGGUAUCUUCUGAAACUAGGUAAGAGCAGUCUGAGAAUAUUGACAGGCAUCAUUACUGGUCACAAUACUCUCAACAGACAUCUCAAGAGUGACCAAAGGAAGGUGUACCGGAAGUGGGAGGAAACCAACCCUCGUGCGUCCGACACGCAGCCGCCGGAUGCUACUGCCAUGACUGACUUCUGGCGUAGCAUCUGGUCGGUGCCUGUCGGACACACCGAGGGGAGUUGGAUGAGUGUUGUCGAGCAUCGGCCCUGCCGUCUUUCUAAUAACGUCCGACCAUCUGGCUCGUGGUUUUCCAUCACCUCGGCUUUCCAGUUUCCAGAACAUUACUCGCUGGCCCCAUUGGCCAUCAUCCCUGCGACAGAUAUGGCCGGCCCAUCCCCAGUACAGCUGCGCAAUGGGCUGUAG